UUCAGAGGGGUGGUCUUGUUUAUUGAGACCACUGAGGAGGACACAGAGCAGGCACUGAGCCCAUUGGGUGCAGACAAGAAGAUACAAACAGUAGCUUAGGAGGAAAAGGAUUCAGGAGAGUCUAUUCCAAGGCAGACACAAAAAAGCAACACAAUGCACUGCUGGAAGCAAUGAGGCUACUUUGUAGCAUUGGAAGCCUCUAUUGUACUUCUGCAUUGUCUUUUUAUUGCCUGCAAGCAGAUAGCUUAACAUGUGCCUCCUAGGAGCUCCCUGCCUUGCUUCUACAUACAGGAGAUGGACAGAGAUCUGAUGAGUCCUCACUAGGGUCUACCUGUUCAACAUCUGAAGGGCUUAUAGUUCCUCAGUUACUGAAGGAUACAGAUCUGCAUCUUAUUUCUCCCAGAUCCUUCAUUCAGCCCAGCUGCAUUGAGAAAACUAUGGGCUGUGGAGGAAGCAGAGCUGAUGCCAUUGAACCCCGUUACUAUGAGAGCUGGACAAGGGAGACUGAGUCCACCUGGCUGACCAGCACUGAUACUGAGAUCCCACCAGCAGGACUGGGACAUUCCUGUCAAGAUGACCACAGCUCAACAGAGGUUGGAGUGAGGGACAAGAGAGGAUCACAUCCUGGUAUUAUGGAAGAUGGGAAGUCAACUCAGACGUGUGUUACGGUCUCAUCCUCCGGCAAAGAAACCCUCAAGAAAACAAAUUCAGGAACACAAUGUGGGAAGCCAACAGUCUACUCCACAGGAACGAAGGCACAAAAACAGAAGAGUGUGUGCAGGACUACCGAGGCCAAAAGAGAAAGCAAACGGAUGACCAAAAAAGAAGUCACAAUCAACUUACCGAAAAGCAUCAGGCCAAUGGACAGCGAUGGACGGAUUGCUGAGAACUGUGUUAAUUAGCCUGGGACAGGGAGAUGCUCACAGGGACUCAUUAGAAACAAUUUGCGCACUUUAAUUAAAGGAGCUGAAUGCCGCAGGGAAAGAGAAAUCUUCUAAGAACUGAUCGACUAAUUAUUUUCUUAAAGAUGUUGCUCUCUAUUUUGCAAGCCGAUACAAGACGUGACAAGAGGUGUGGUGGAGGAAAAACAGGGGCGCAAAAGUUUGCUACUGAGUGCCUUCAGUAAAAUGUCUGGGCAUCGGUCUGAUGGGAACAUGGAAAGUCAUGUGGACAAUUGAGCUUGUAGAUUUUUGGUAGGUCAGGUGCAGGGGAUUAUAGUAGUCGCAGUAAGAAUAACCUGCAUCGUUUAUAAUGCAUCAUAUAAUACAUAGCCUCCUUCUACAAUGUCUAGCUUCUUGAGAACAUCUCAAACCUUUUCAAUCUGAUAGUAUAGUAUCUCUCUUAUAUAGUAACAUAAAACGGAGGCCUGUGUUUUGUGAUUAUACUACUACUCCUAUUAUUGGAUGUGUGCUUUCCAAUGGCUUGGACGCUGCAUGCAAUAACUGACAAGGUUUCAUCUUUAGACGCUAAGCCAAAUUCUCCUACAUACAGGUUCACGGUAACAUCUGGUAUUGCUGUCAGUGACUCUAGGGCUUCAGGAUGGUGUACAUGAUAGUUUAUGCUUUUCAUGUGAUUUCUUUUUGUACAGUCCUGAGACGAGUUCACUUUAAUCGCAGACAUGUAUAACAUAUUCAUGAAGUAAAUCUGGGAUCUAUAGGAAAAACUCCCAAACCAACGUUGGGUAGUCAGAUGACUUGGUGGGACAGUUGGGACAGAACUCGGGCAACGCAGUCUGGAUCCA